AUGGAAGAACAUGAUCAAACGAUGAGGAUUAGUGAUGCACAACCAAACGUACAAUCCACAGAGCACAGCGUACACCUCGACCGAAACCUGUCCGGGUCUGAGUCCGCGCCGUCCUCGCCUUCGUCGUCUCCUUCGCAUGAAUUCUCCUUCACCUUCACCCUCCACCCGCGGGCGAAAAAAGAUAGCAAGACGGAACACUCUCCUCCCUCGUUGGCCGAUGCGAUCGACCUAUCUCCGGCCAGCGAGAUCUUCUUCCGCGGCCACCUCAUCCCCCUCCACUCCCUCCCCGGCCCCGCCUCGCUGCCGCGGUUCUCCACCAGCUCCCAAGGCAGCUUCACUCCCCCAAUCGAGGAGAUAAACAGCAUCAACAACAACAACAAUAACAAUAAUAAUAACAGAAUCAAAAGCCGCCACGUGGCGGAAGAGAAAAAAAAGAAAAAGUCAAAACCCUUCUCUUUCCUUGGGAUUGGGAAAAAGGAGAGAGAAGACAGCGGCAGCAGCGACAGCAGCAGCAACGACGAUCAGAAUAGUCAGAAUACGGAGAAGCGGAAAUCGAGGUUCGAGGUGAUCAAGAAAUGCGCGCGAUCUGUGAUGGCGCUUCUGACGCCAGGAGGGCGGCGGCAGGAGAUCGCCGGCGAGUUUAUCCGGCAGCAGUCGUAUUCGUUUGCGGGGGAUGUUAGGGUCAGUGAGAGGAAGAGCGGAAUGAGGGGGCGAUUUUCGGUGCCGUGGUCGGUGAGGGCCUCGCCGAGGCACAGCGGUAUGCUGGCGGCGAGCGGCGCCUCGACUCCGCCGAGGAAGAGCGAUGCGACCAUGGAGGAGAUGCAGGAGGCGAUUCGGGCGGCGAUCGCUCAUUGUAAGAGCUAA